GUUGCAUCCCUGCAAUCCUUGCACCCUCCUUCCGACCAGCCACUCUGCCUCCGCCGCGCGCCCAAGGGGCUCGGACCAACGAUUUGAUUAAUGGCGCUCGCCUCCACCUCCGCCACCGCCUCCGCGGCCGUGCUCAAGAACCCGUUCCUCGGGGCUCGGCGCGCGCUCGCCAAUGCCGCUUCCUUCGGCGCCGCCGCGAAGCCCGCGACGCGCCGCGUGGUGGUCGUCGCCGCGGCCGCCGCCAAGAAGUCGUGGAUCCCCGCUUUCAAGAGUGACGCCGAGUUCAUCAACCCGUCCUGGCUCGAUGGCUCGCUCCCCGGUGACUUCGGCUUCGACCCGCUGGGGCUGGGGAAGGACCCGGCGUUCCUCAAGUGGUACAGGGAGGCCGAGCUGAUCCACGGGCGGUGGGCGAUGGCGGCCGUCCUGGGCAUCUUCGUCGGGCAGGCCUACAGCGGCGUGCCGUGGUUCGAGGCCGGCGCGCAGCCAGGCGCCGUGGCGCCCUUCUCGUUCGGGUCGCUCCUCGGCACCCAGCUGCUGCUCAUGGGGUGGGUGGAGUCCAAGCGGUGGGUCGACUUCUUCAACCCGGACUCCCAGGCCGUGGAGUGGGCCACGCCGUGGUCUCGCACCGCCGACAACUUCGCCAACUCCACGGGCGAUCAAGGAUACCCCGGCGGCAAGUUCUUCGACCCGCUCGGACUCGGCGGCGACACCAAGGACGGCGUCUACAUCCCCGACACCGACAAGCUCGAGCGGCUGAAGCUGGCCGAGAUCAAGCACGCGCGCCUCGCCAUGCUCGCCAUGCUCAUCUUCUACUUCGAGGCCGGACAGGGCAAGACGCCGCUCGGCGCGCUCGGCCUAUAAGACACAGCGGCUACGAAUUUUGGUUUGCGGUGCGCGCGCCUGGUGGUGGUGGGUGAGGAUUAAAAUUGUUGCACUGCAUCAGAACGGCACCAUGACAUCGGCUAGAGGUGGAAGAAGAAGCAGAAGUUUAUGUGUUCCAUGACUUCUCAUGGGUGGUGUAUGUGAAACGAAUGGGGAAUCAAGGAGUAGUACUCUCUCCUUUUUCCAGUGUAUGUACCAAUGUACCAUGUAAUAUAAGUCUGGGUUCUGUACUUUUAAUUAAGGCAGGAUGAGUUAGACAUUUGGUUGAUCCGCAA